UUUUACGUGCGGGUCGCCUCCUCGGAGGGAAAUGCUGACAUUACAUUUUAUACAUUUAUUACCUGUUUAAUUUAAAAAUACUUUAGAGGAUGCGCCUUAGAAUAGAUUAAUUUGUAAAACAAUAAUAUAAAAAAAUAUAUCGCGGAAGAUUCCCUUGAAUUUUUGUGAGGUGACUUGGUUUUUGGGUAACGAUGGAUGAGGCGUUCGCACAUUUGGAGCAAAAUAAACCAAAACAAGGAAAAAACUCUUUGAUAGCGCCGGACGGGGGAUGGGGUUAUGUCGUUUGUAUCGGUGUUGGAUUUACUUUCAUGCUUGGAUUCGGAUCGUCAAAUGCUUUCGGAAUUCUAUUUAACAACUUUUUCAUGGAACAAGAUGGUGCGAGUGGACUUCCCCUUGUUAUAGGAGUUUACAAUGGAGCACUGUCAAUAGCAGGAUUUCUGAGUGGCAUAGCAUUGAAAAAGUAUUCGUUCAGACAAGUCGGUUUGGUUGGAGCUGGACUGUUCAUUUUAGGAGACGUUUUGACAAUUUUCGUACAAAGAACUUAUCAAUUAGUGUUUACGUUUGGUGUUAUACGAGGGGCUGGUUUUGGAGUAAUGAUACCAGUUAGUUUUACGGCAUUCAACUGUUACUUUACGAAAAAACGAACGGCCAUGAUGAGUGCAAACCAAACUAUGAGUAGUAUGGCUUCGAUAACAUUUCCCAUUCUUGUUACAUAUCUUCUGGCAGAAUAUGGGUUUAGGUGGACUCUCGCUUUGAUCAUGGCUGUAGAUUUACAUUUACUAUUCGCGAUGAUAGUUAUGCAUCCUGUUGAAUGGCACAUGGUGAAGGCACCGGAGUGUGCUAUAAAAGAAUUGUCUUCACUUUGUGACGUCAAUAAAAUAAAAAAUGAAUGUGAAGUUAUAGAUGAAACCGCCAUAAAAAUGUUGCCAGGUGAUGACGUCAUCGAAGUUAAAACAUCACCGGUUCGGCAUGAAUCAAUUCAAAAAAGUAUUAUAAAAAUUAUAUACGCAAACGUAGAGUUAGAUCUAUUGAAAGAUCCCAAAUUUGUUAGUACUUUAGUCGGACUUGGCUUUGCUUUUGUGUCCGAUGUAACGUAUCUUGCAAUGGAACCCAUGCUGUUGUUUUCUUAUCAAUAUUCUAAGAUGCAAGUGGCUACAUGCGUCAUGGCUGGUGCUAUUGCUGACUUGGCUGCUAGAUUUAUUUUAGCAGUUUUCACAUAUUUUUAUAACGUGGACAGCAGAAAAUUAUUUUUUAUUGGAACAUUCAUUACUAUGAUAUUACGAAUUGUUCUGGUAACAUCAGACAACGUGACAUUCGUGUUCACAAUAACAAUAAUUUCGGGUCUUGUAAGAUGUUCGGUACAAGUGUUAUUCCCCUUGGUGUUGGUGACUGCAGCCCCAGACCGGUUUCCAGCCGCUUUGGCACUCCAUAUCUUAUUCUCUGGAUGUCUCAUGUUGAUGGCCGAUCCGAUGAUAGGUGUAAUUUAUGAAGCGACAGGAAGUUACGUAAACUGUUUUAUUGCUAUGAGCUUUUGCUGCUUAGUGUGUAUAAUUCUCUGGACUGUAGAAUACUUUGUGUAUCGUAAGAAAACGUGAUGAAAUCGAGUAUUAAUUAAUUAUAGAAACUCAUACUUUCUUGCAGGGAACAAUAUGUUUUCAACGCCCAAGCAAGUUUAUUCCAAACCAUUUUAAAAUUAUGUAGUUUAGGUUCAAUUUAAGCUUUAUUUUUCACAAAGGUUUCCUAUUUUUGAGUUGUUGUUACGUUUGUUAAGAAUACUAUAUUUAGUAGUAAAUUAAAUAUAAGGUAUACUAAUUUUAAAAAAAUAAUGUUACCAAACAGAUUAACAUAAUAAGUAUAUAUUUAUCUGAAUCCUCUUAAUUUCGCUGUCUGAUAGUGUAUAAGAUUAGUUUAGAAAUUUUAUAAAAUUGACUGAAACAAACACAUCGGUAAAACUCAGUGUGAUUAUGAGGCUUCUGUAAAAUAAUUGAUUGGAUAUAGAUAUAUUAACUUGUAUUUAUUGUAAAUAUAUAAAUGCAAAACAGGAUUUGUGUAGAAGUAAAGUAUGUACUUACAAAUGUAUUUCCAUUUCACCAAUUAAUAGACUACGACAUUUGAAAUUGAUGAUUUUGUUUUUUUGUAUUUAAGCAAUAGGUAUAUGAAUAGUGCAAACACCGUAUAAAAUAGAUAAUAAAAAUGUGUAACAAGUAAUUUUUUUCCUUUAUAGUGGAGAUCCAAAAUAAUCAACUUUAAGUUUUUAUACACAUGUUUAUUAUAUGAAUGGAUUGUUUUGGUAAAAAUACUCAAUGCAUUGUUUCAACGAAAAUUUAAUAAAUAUUCAAUUUAUAUCUGUA